AUGGGCAGACGGUACCUAGAGGCUCACUGUCAUCCAGGCAGCUCAUCUGACUCAGGUGUAGACACUUUGGCAGUGUUUAUGGCCAGCAGCGGAACCACAGACGUCACGAAUCGGAACAGCCCAGUCACACCACCAAACACCCUCAAUCUCCGGUCCUCCCACAAUGAACUAUUGAACGCCGAAAUAAAACACGCAGAAACCAAGAAUAGCACACCCCCCAAAUGCAGGAAAAAAUAUGCACUAACUAAUAUCCAGGCGGCCAUGGGCCUCUCGGAUCCAGCUGCACAGCCCCUGCUGGGAAAUGGCUCUGCCAACAUCAAGCUGGUGAAAAAUGGGGAGAACCAGCUCCGGAAGGCUGCAGAACAAGGGCAGCAGGACCCCAACAGGAACGUCAGCCCCACCGCGGUCAUCAGCAUCACUUCUGAGAAGUUAGAGGGUAAAGAGCCCCACCCUCGGGAUUCCCCGGACUGUGAGAUUUUACCCUCCCAGCCCCGGAGAACCAAGAGCUUCCUGAACUACUAUGCAGACCUGGAGACCUCCACCAGGGAACUGGAGCAGAACGUGGGCAACCAGCCUGGGGCUGUGGGAGAGAAGGCCCAGCCCGGCCAGGCCUCCCCCACUGUCGGGAACGGCGGCGUGCUGCUGCAGAAACCAAACAAGCCCCAGCCUAGCCCCGAGGAGGGCCACGCAGCCACAGUAUCAUCCAGCCCAGAGACCAAGAAGGAUCACCCUAAAACGGGAGCCAAAACCGACUGCGCACUCCACCGGAUCCAGAACCUGGCGCCAAGCGAUGAGGAGUCCAGCUGGACCACUCUGUCCCAAGACAGCGCCUCCCCCAGCUCCCCGGACGAGACAGCAGAUAUAUGGAGUGACCACUCCUUUCAGACUGAUCCAGAUUUGCCACCUGGCUGGAAGAGAGUCAGUGACAUCGCUGGGACCUAUUACUGGCACAUACCAACAGGGACGACUCAGUGGGAACGCCCUGUCUCCAUCCCAGCAGAUCUUCAGGGUUCAAGGAAAGGGUCCCUUAGUUCUGUAACGUCAUCUCCCACCCCAGAGAACGAGAAACAGCCAUGGAGUGAUUUUGCUGUUCUGAAUGGGGGAAAGAUUAAUAGUGACAUUUGGAAGGAUUUGCAUGCGGCCACAGUCAAUCCGGACCCAAGUUUAAAAGAGUUUGAAGGAGCCACCCUACGCUAUGCAUCCUUGAAACUCAGAAAUGCUCCACAUGCCGAUGAUGAUGAUUCUUGUAGUAUCAACAGUGACCCAGAAGCUAAGUGUUUCGCUGUGCGCUCUCUGGGGUGGGUGGAGAUGGCAGAGGAGGACCUUGCUCCCGGCAAGAGCAGCGUUGCCGUCAACAACUGCAUCAGACAGCUUUCCUACUGCAAAAAUGACAUCCGAGAUACAGUCGGCAUCUGGGGAGAGGGGAAGGAUAUGUACCUGGUCCUGGAGAAUGACAUGCUGAGCCUGGUGGACCCCAUGGACCGCAGCGUGCUCCACGCCCAGCCCAUCGUCAGCAUCCGCGUGUGGGGCGUGGGCCGCGACAAUGGCCGAGAUUUUGCUUAUGUAGCGAGAGACAGAGAUACCAGAAUUUUGAAAUGUCAUGUGUUUCGAUGUGAUACACCUGCAAAAGCCAUCGCCACCAGUCUCCACGAAAUCUGCUCCAAGAUUAUGGCCGAACGGAAGAAUGCCAAGGCCCUGGCCUGCAGCUCCUUACAGGAAAGGGCCCACGGGAACCUCGACGUCCCCCUGCAAGUAGAUUUCCCAACACCAAAGACUGAGCUGGUCCAGAAGUUCCACGUGCAGUAUUUGGGCAUGCUACCAGUGGACAAACCGGUCGGAAUGGAUACCCUGAACAGUGCCAUAGAAAGUCUUAUGACCUCCUCUAGCAAGGAGGCAUGGCCGUCAGUGAACAUGAGCGUGGCCGACGCGACUGUGACCGUCAUCAGUGAGAAGAACGAAGAGGACGUCCUGGUGGAGUGCCGGGUGCGAUUCCUGUCCUUCAUGGGCGUCGGGAAGGACGUGCACACGUUCGCCUUCAUCAUGGACACUGGGAACCAGCAUUUUGAGUGCCACGUCUUCUGGUGUGAGCCCAACGCCGCUAACGUGUCGGAGGCGGUGCAGGCUGCCUGCAUGUUACGAUACCAGAAGUGCUUGGUAGCCAGGCCACCUUCACAGAAAGUUCGACCUCCUCCCCCGCCAGCAGACUCUGUGACUAGAAGAGUCACAACCAAUGUAAAACGAGGGGUCUUAUCCCUCAUUGACACUUUGAAACAGAAACGCCCUGUCACAGAAACGCCACAGCUGCACAUGUGA